UGUAUGAAGAGUGGGAAUUUCUUCAUGGACAAAAAAAACGUGUCAGCAAUCAUUGACUACAUCAGAUGCUAUGGCAUUGAAACUCAUUAUGCUGUGGUGAUCAGACUGGAUCCAACAUACUGCAAAAAUCCAACCUGGAAAAAUAUGAUGAACAAUUUGCCAAGUUCUGUGAUGUCUGCCAUGAGCCUCAGACUUAACCAGAAAGAAGGCAUCUAUAACCCGAGCCCCCCAGUAAAUAUUGUUGCAGCCAGGCCCAAAUUUAAACCCAGAGAACAUGCUGAGUUCCGCUUGUUGACAGGAGGCCAAAACAGUCCAGUAGAAAAGAUGCUAGCCCACAAGGAUAAGAACAGUUGCUUGAUCUUCUUCAGCAAAUUAUCUCCCUGUCUACAAUUGUGUCUCAACCAGACAGAGAUGAAUAAUAUUGUCAAUUUGGUGAAUCCUCUUUUUAACAGGUACAACCGUGAUUCCCGGGCAUUUGUUUUUGAAACCAUUUAUGAGCCUGAUGCGCAGAAAGGGACUGAAAUUGUGCUUGAGGCCUGGAAACUCAUAAAGGAUGCCCCUUUAUUCCGGUACCCUCGAAAUGCUGCUCUAUGUUUUGAUAACAACAAUCAGCCUUCGAACAAGAGCCCUUGCUGGGACGAUUAG